AUGAUCAUUCUUGAUGGAGACUCAGGACAGCCAAAGAAUGACAAUUAUCCAGGGUUAACUCUCCGACAUCCCCAAGCCGCUGUCACUCGUUCCAGCUCUCCUCUUCCAGACUAUGAUACAUCAGAGGCACAACACUGGAAGAUUUCUGAAACGCGCAAGCCACGAAAAAUCUUUGAUUCAACAAUAUGGAAGGGCGCUUUGUAUGGUUUUGUGAUGUACAUCUUUCUCUCCCUGGUUAUCGUCAUACCAAUUCUUGUUGUGAAAGCUCGCGCCAAAAGGAAUGAGGUCGACUGGGGCCUUAAACCCACUGGUUCGCUGUGGGCUGUGGAAGACAAUGAUUUAUCAUCUCCUAUUCAUUUAUCUCCAGCCGUUCUGACGACUCUUGACGAUCAUAACCUAUGCAACUUGUGGAACUAUACCAUUUUUAAUGUUUCUCGUGCUUCAUUCAACUUACCACCUGCCGGAAUCAUUUCCAUUCGUUCAAAUAUUACUUAUGACACGUUCACCCAUGAUCAAAUUUCCGGAACUUUAUCAGUAACCAAAAGCAAGGACGUCAGCAGACGAGAUGUCGUCUUCUCUGUUGACAUGAAAUCAUCUAGUCCAGAAAUACAAAACAGAACAAGUGUUCCUGCUAAGCUCGCUAAAGGCGACUUUCUGGACCUGCAAAUAGAUGUUGUGUUGCCACAGAAUGCCCCCCCUAUUGACAGAUUCUUUACUUACCUUCCGAUGAUCUCUCAACAAUUCCACGACUUCAAUAGUUCAUCUCCGACUUUCAACCACAUAAACAUUGAAGGAGCUGUUCGUCCAAUCACUUGCAAGUUGCUCAAAGCUUCUACGAUCAUGGUGAAAAAUCUUGCUUCAACAAUAGAAGGAGUGUUUGAUGUUACAAGCACUAUUAGCCUUGAUUCGGUCAAAGGGAAUUUCUCUUGCAGGGCAAUAUUUUCCGACAUUACCUUGACACGACCAGAGGUGGCCUACCGCCCCACAUUUCUCACGAUUGAAACAGGAGACAGUGCCAUUAAUGCAAAUAUUACGCUGAACUCACUGCUCAGUAGCACGACAGUUCUGCCCAAUACUCCGUCCUUUGUAGCUAAGGUGUCAACUUUCAAUGGGCCGUUGGAUCUCAACGUCAGGUACAGCAAUGGCACCAAUCCCGCCCUUCCACUUCAAUUGCAGGUUCAAAAUAACUUAGCGGAGUCAUCAAUCUUUUUGGACCCUAUUUAUCAAGGUCGGUUUUCUGCCAGAACCAAGAUGUCUCAGGUGAUCACUGCCGAGUCUGCUGAGUUCAAUAUAACGACCAAAACCGGUUCCAGGCCACGGACUAUCAUCUAUGAUCAAAAGUUGCUCGAUGUAGUCAAUGGCUGGGUGGGGUGGGGUGAGAAGCCUGUGAACAAUCGGCGGGUAGUACAGAGUACUCUCGACGUCGUUUCUGCGCUCAGUCCAAUUAAAUUGACCUUUGGAUGA